GGGGAUAACUAUCAAAUAAAAAGGAACCAAUUUUGAGAUUAAAUUCGAUAGCCUCUAUCUUUCCCAUCUAAAUAGUUGCAAUGUAUACUAAUACAAACUAUAGGUACCAGCGUUCAGCCUCUAGAUUAACAAUAGGUGCACACUUGUUUGGCAUCUUAGCCCUCAUACUCUUGCUUGUUUGGUUGUUGCAUUAUCGCGGGGGUCUCGAUUAUGAUUCUGACAAUGCAGAGCAAGUUUUCAAUGUUCAUCCAUUUCUUAUGUUCUUCGGAUUCAUUUUCUUUGCUGGUGAAGCAAUGAUGGCAUACAAGACUGUAAAGUCGCAACACAACGUGCAGAAGUACGUUCACGGCUUCUUUCACCUGGUAGCUCUUUGUUCCGGAAUAUUCGGAAUAUGUGCUGUUUUCAGGUUCCACGAUAUGGCGGGAAAUCUAGAGGACAUGUAUAGCCUCCAUUCAUGGAUUGGCUUGACCACAAUUAUCUUGUUCGGCUUGCAGUGGUUGUUUGGAUUUGCUACAUUCUUGUUUCCAAGAGCGUCAGAACAGUCGAGGCUCCAAAUUGCUCCUUGGCAUAUGAGUUUCGGCAGGGUGCUCCUAUACAUGUCAAUAUGUGCUGCCAUGUCCGGCUUGAUGGAGAAAUCCACAUUCCUCCGGGAUAAGAUAAGUGAAAGAGAAUUACAUCUCAUCAACUUCACUGGACUCUCAAUCCUCCUCUUUGGCAUCUUCGUUGAUCUUUCAGUUGCUCUGGCGCGUUACGUGUGAUUUAUAUCUUCAUCGAUCAACCGCUAGCUUCAGGACUUAAUUAUUUGCGCACUGGUUUGGUGCGAACUGCAUGUUAUUUUAAUUUCCUCAAUUUGGUGUGAAUAAUUAUUUGAGAGAUGAGGGUGAUCAUAUAUAUAAUGUGGUUUUGAUAUUUGUGGAUUAAUUAUUUUGUGAGUACGUACUGAGUAGUUUGUAUCAAUUACCCGAACCAGCACUAGCUAAUAAAUCGUAUUUAGCUGGGUCUAAAUCUGGCUUCUCGAGA